AUGUCCUGGUUCCAGAAGUCGCUCACGCUGCCCCCGAAAUCGCGGGGCAGCUACCUGGUGACCGAUUCCAUCGUGUCACAACUUCCCGAAAUCAAAUCAUACAAAGUGGGGUUGCUGAACCUGUUCAUCCAGCAUACAUCAUGCGCGCUGAGUCUGAACGAGAAUUGGGAUGAGGAUGUUAGGGCCGAUAUGAGUGAUGCGCUGGAUCGCAUCGCGCCAGAAGAUCGCAAGGGCGAUUUGUAUAGGCAUAGUGCCGAGGGGUUGGAUGAUAUGCCUGCACAUAUCAAGAGCGCCUUGAUUGGAGCGAGUGUCACGAUUCCGAUAAAAGAUGGGAAGUUAGCGACUGGGACGUGGCAGGGAAUUUGGUAUUUGGAGUUCAGAGCAAGUAAGCAUCAACGGAAAGUGGUGGCCACGAUACAGGGAGAGAAAGCUUGA